AUGGAGGCGGAGGCGGAAAACCAGAGGGGUACUCCGGACCAAAUGCAAGAUGUUGAGAAGCUACCGCAUGACACUCCAGCAGCUGAGCGAGAGGGACCCACCUCUAUAUUCAAGGGCCUCGGUGUCCUUGACCGAUUUCUGGCGCUAUGGAUCUUUCUAGCGAUGGCAAUUGGGAUUAUUCUGGGGAACUUUGUUGAUAAUGUAGGGCCAGCCUUGCAAAAGGGGGCUCUCGUGGGCGUCUCACUGCCAAUAGCAAUUGGACUGCUUGUCAUGAUGUAUCCAAUCCUUUGCAAAGUCCGCUAUGAGACUUUGCACCAGGUGUUCAAAACCCGUGAGAUAUGGAUCCAGAUGGGCUUCAGUAUAUUUAUCAACUGGAUUAUUGCUCCUCUUCUUAUGUUGGCACUCGCAUGGGCAUUUUUACCGGAUGAGCCCGAACUCAGAGAGGGACUAAUCCUGGUCGGCCUAGCUAGGUGUAUUGCGAUGGUCCUUAUCUGGACAGGCCUUGCUGGAGGGGACAAUGAAUAUUGUGCAAUCCUGGUCGCCGUCAACUCCUUAUUGCAGAUGGUGCUUUUUGCCCCCCUGGCGCUAUUAUUUAUCAAAAUAAUCAGCCAUUCGGAAAGCACGAUUCCCCUGUCUUAUCCCGUCGUUGCAAAGAGUGUUGCUGUAUUCCUCGGAAUACCUCUUGGUGCUGCAAUAGUCACCCGGUUUACGCUGCGGAAGAUUACUGGUCCUGCCUGGUACGACAACGUGUUCGUCAAAUGGCUGAGUCCAUGGUCCUUGAUCGGGCUCUUAUUCAUCAUCCUGGCCCUCUUUGCUUCGCAGGGGAAGCAGGUUGUCCAUCAAAUCGUGUCCGUCGUCCGUGUUGCCGCGCCUCUGCUGGUAUAUUUCAUCAUAGUGUUCUUUUCCACACUAUACAUCACUUAUCGGCUGGGCUUCGGAUACAGAUUAUCAACCACGCAAAGUUUUACCGCGGCGAGUAAUAACUUUGAACUUGCUAUUGCGGUUGCAAUUGCGACUUAUGGAGCAGACAGUAGCCAAGCUCUCGCGUCAACAGUUGGUCCGUUGAUCGAAGUUCCUGUGCUGCUUGGCCUGGUUUAUGUAGCGAAGUUUGUCGCUAAAAGGACCAACUGGAAGCCUUAA